ACGGGCAGUGUAGCUACUGUUAGCGGGUGUAUGAAUAAAUCGCAGAAUUUGAUCUAACAUCACUAACACAGCACUGAUGUUAAUCUCUCAGAUAUUAUACAGACCGCAACUGGGUUAUAUGUAGCGUCAUAUAUUUUGCCACAAUACUAUUAUUUCUUAUUUUAGGUGGCUUUAGCCUGAGCUAAAACACUGCUGGACGCUAUCAUUACUUCGUACAUAUAAAGGAAACCUUUAUAACAAAUAUUACGCCAUCAGUAUAUUUAAUGUGGUUAGUGAUACUGCUGUGAUAAUGUGGUUAGUGAUACUGCUGUGAUAAUGUGGUUAGUGAUACUGCUGUGAUAUUGUGGUUAGUGAUACUGCUGUGAUAAUGUGGUUAGUGAUACUGCUGUGAUAUUGUGGUUAGUGAUACUGCUGUGAUAUUGUGGUUAGUGAUACUGCUGUGAUAAUGUGGUUAGUGAUACUGCUGUGAUAAUGUGGUUAGUGAUACUGCUGUGAUAAUGUGGUUAGUGAUACUGCUGUGAUAUUGUGGUUAGUGAUACUGCGGUGAUAAUGUGGUUAGUGAUACUGCUGUGAUAACGUGGAUAGUGAUACUGCGGUGAUAACGUGGUUAGUGAUACUGCUGUGAUAAUGUGGUUAGUGAUACUGCUGUGAUAAUGUGGUUAGUGAUGUUGCCGGUGAUAACGUGGUUAGUGAUGCUGGUUUUUUAUUAUUCCCAUCAGAAGGUAGCGGUUGUGUGCUGCUCUGACGUCACAGUGGUACAUUGCUAGGUUACAUUAGCCCUAUUUGGAUUGGAUUAAUUUAUCAGGGUCACGUGGUCAUAUGAUCAUGCACCAAUCACAAGUAGUGAUGGGAAGUUCGGAUCAUUUACCUGACUCGGAUCUUUGAAUUUCGUUCAGAAAAAUGAACGGAUCUUUUUUCUGAGUCAUUUCGUUCAUUUGUGCAGAAUAUAAUUAAAAUGUUACAUGUUAAAUUCCCAACACAUCUAGUACUUACACAAACGUUGAUCAUAUUUGGAAUAAAAAAUAAAUUAUAGGCUAAUGCAGCCAAUGACGAUUUUUUUGUCACGUCUGUUCCCUGGAAACAGAAAUGAUUAGUUCACCUCUCGAGUCUUUGGUUCGAGUCAUUCGUUCAUCCUGUAACCGACCCAUAGGCUGAAUGCAGUGGGGCUGUGACGUAAUGAACGAACCAGAAGACUCGAGAGGUGAGCUAAUCAUUUCUGUUUCCUGUACAGAACCUAUGGGAAUGUUGCAGUGCAUGCGUGGUCAAAAAUGAAUGAAUCACUCUCAGAGACAACCCGUUGUUAUUGAGUUGUAUUAAAGAUUCGCUCAAAAUGAACGUACGUUCACAUCACUACUUAUUUCAGUUUUGGCCAACAUUCCAGAAACAGUUUCAAAAUACAAUAAAACAAUAAUCACAAAGUGUAAAAGGAAAAAAAAAAAAGCAUACAUUUUUUGUUUUGUAACUCACAAAGGCUUUAAAGGUAAUAUUUUAAAAACCAUAAUAGGUGCACUGUUAUGUUUUUUCUAAUAUUACCUUUCAUGUAGUGUGUUAUAUAGCUGUUUGUGAAUGUAAAAAGUCUGCAAAGUUUCAAAAAUCUGAUACAUGCACUAUGAGACUAAAUACAGCAAGUACCAGCAGUUGGACAUCAUUUUAUUUUUUUCAACGUGAGGCAACAGCUGCAUCACGGACGCGUGUAUUCAGACGGGACUAAAAUUAUCAGACAACCGCCGGGUUUGGCGAAAAAUAGUGGUGGUGUGCACACGAACAUCAUGACUUCAAGGCGUGUCACUCAAACCACAGACCCUGGCUGCAUUUGAGCGGCCAUCGAACAGGUGCCAGGUACAACUGCAUGUCAUGCUGAGAAAGAAAACAGCACUAUGAACCGAUACGCUGCCCUCCAGCAACUUGGCGACGGCACCUUUGGCUCAGUCACACUGAGCCGCUGCCUGGAGUCUGGUGAGCUUGUCGCCAUUAAGAAAAUGAAAAGGAAAUUCUAUUCCUGGGAGGAGUGCAUCAAUCUCAGAGAGGUCAAGUCCCUGAAGAAACUCAACCAUGCCAACGUGAUCAAGCUGAAGGAGGUCAUCCGGGAAAAUGAUCAGCUCUACUUUGUGUUUGAGUAUAUGAAGGAGAACCUCUAUCAGCUGAUGAAGGAAAGAACACGCAUGUUUCCUGAGUCUGCAGUGAGGAAUAUCAUGUUUCAGAUUCUACAGGGACUUGCCUUCAUUCAUAAACACGGCUUUUUUCAUAGAGACAUGAAGCCAGAGAAUGUUUUGUGCAUGGGUCCUGAGCUUGUGAAAAUUGCUGACUUUGGACUAGCUCGAGAGAUACGAUCUCGUCCUCCUUACACUGACUAUGUGUCGACAAGAUGGUACCGAGCCCCAGAAGUGCUUCUCAAGUCCACAAGCUACAGCUCUCCUAUAGACCAGUGGGCCGUAGGCUGUAUCAUGGCUGAACUCUACACGCUCAGACCUCUGUUUCCUGGCUCCAGUGAGGUGGACACUAUUUUCAAGAUCUGCCAGGUUUUGGGAACUCCGAGAAAGAACGACUGGCCUGAAGGAUGCCAGCUGGCUGCCUCCAUGAGUUUCCGCUGGCCACAGUGCGUGCCCACCAGUCUAGCCACCCUGAUCCCCAGCGCCGGCUCCGAAGCCAUUCGGCUGAUGAGAGACCUGUUACAGUGGGACCCUAAAAAACGGCCAGCAGCCUGCCAGGCCCUGCGCUAUCCCUACUUUCAGGUGGGUCAAGUUCUAGGCACACCACAGCAGAUCCAGGACCAAGGACAAACACAGCCUCUGCAACUCAGGCCUGAACCUCUUCCUCAGAUCCCACCACUCACCUUACCUCAUACAGCCCAUCAACCACAGCACCUUCCAGAGCCUCCUAAAAGACCAGAAAGGGCAGAGGUCAAGAUGGACAGGGCAGUGCAGAGACGCUUUCCUCUAAUACAUGACAAAGGCUUGCAGAGCAAGCUAACUCCAGAACCCGAGAAUGCUAACUUGUCCAGCAGUUUAUUGACGCCUAAAGGAGGCCGGAGGAGGUGGGGUAAUGUAACUCGGGUCUUAAAGGUAUAUGACUGGGAUGAUUUUGAGGACACGGACACUACAACCACCACUCUGAACAAACCCAUUUUCAUCAGUAAUGAACAGCGGCUACAGGGAGACAGCAAUGUGAUGAACAGGCUGGGAAACAUUUUGGAUUUCAGUCUGUCCAACGUCAGGAGUGAAGGAGUCGCAAAUAUAAAUAACGUGCUGCCAUUCCAGGAGCCAUCCAGGACAGCAUCAGCCAAACAGCAUUAUUUGAAGCAAUCAAGAUAUUUACCAGGGUUAAGCACAAAGAAGAACGUAGCCGUUCAUGCAGCAAAGGACUACAGUGGAAACAUGUGGGAGGGCAGCAGUGUCGGAGGAACGCAUCCUAUCACGGGCAACCAUGGUGUAUACGUGCCCUCAGUUUAUAAGAAAGAGAUUGGUUCAGCUGGCCAAAGAGUGCAUCUCACACCAGUUGAUUCAACACUGUCAAAUUAUGCAACGUGGAAAUCAAGCAGGUCGAAUAGUCACAUGGGCACGUCCUCCUAUGUGUCGUCUCCCACCAAGAGCACACCUGGAAUGCGAUCUCGGCCUCCUCUGCAGCCCGUACACGGCCGCACAGAUUGGUCUGCCAAAUACGGCCAUCGCUAGGCCAUUUUCAAUAUGAGUGCUGAUUUGUCUACCCUGUGAUUUGAAAUCUAUACCUUCUUAUACAGCAAUAAUCUUUUACAUUCCGCUUUGUAAAUCAUUUGUGUGAAGAUUUUAUAUUGAUUUUGCAAAAUAUGCACACAAAUCUCACUGGUGGUGUCAGUGUAUCUGUUGCAAAUUUCUCUUUUAUCCUGCAUAAUCUCUGCAAAACAUGUAUGCAUUUACGUCAGUACAUUUGGUGAUAUUAAAGCUCUUUAUUUUACUUUUCUGGA